CUUUUGCUCUCUCUCUCCAUAGAAGAAGACGAAGAAACAGAGAAAGAAAUAGAAGAAUCGAGAGAGAGUGAGACAAAUCUAGUGAUGGGUUGCGACUCCCAUGGCAAUCUAAGCGACACAGAGUUCAGCAACCCGUUGCCAUCGAUCGGUGUAUACGUUGCUACAGCUUCAGUGAUCUGUGGAGUUGCCAUGUUUUCCGAUCUUCUUCACGGCUUCCGCCACCGUAAGUUCUGGUUUCCUUGCAAAUUCUUCUCUCUCAACGCUACCACUCUCACCUUUAUCUCUGUAUGCGUCAAACUCUCCUUGGAUCUCAACACUUCUAUGCCUAGUCGCCAAGAUCAGCUUGCUAAACUCAGUAGCAGCGUCUUCGUCUGCACCGUGAUGGCUAAUUCCAUGCCUUCUCUUGGUUUCAUGGUCACACAAGAUCUCCUCAUGAACCUCAUGGCUCUUGGGAUUCUAGUUAUCACUGAUGUUGUUAACAUCUGUAUCCAAUUGGGUACAGGAGCUAUAUAUGUUUUUCCUCAAGAACACGCUCUCGUCAUUGUUCUCAUGCUUUUAAUGUUUAUGAUCUUGAGUUUUUCUGCUAUCACAGUCCCGGCCACAAAGCGUUUCUUAGAGCUCAAGUACAAGAAGAGAUACGAGUUUGCUUUGAAGCAGUGUCCUUCAUAUGCAGAGAGAAGAAAAGGGGUUCCUAAGCUUAAAGAAGAUCUGAUGAAAUUCUGGAUGAUGGCUCACACUUCUAGCCCUCAGUUCGUGAUGGCUCGCUCUGUUACUUGCACCACCUCUGGUUUCCUCUGUUUCUUGAGUGCAAUCACAUUGGCUGAAGCCAUGGUCCGGUCUUACUUUCUUCAACCCUGGUCACUUGGGUUCUGCAAUGGAGAUUCUGAUUACAAAUGGUCAACCACUUUGGUUCUAGUCUCCCAAACAGCUGCAGUAGCCAUAGGAACCGUUGCUCCAGCGAGCAGAUGGUUGAAAGCAGUGAACUUGAGGUGUCCAUUUAGAACAAAGAAAUCUUUGAAAGAUGAGUUGAGAGUAGAGAGUUAUUGGGUAGAGUGUCUAGCUGAGAAGAAAGAACGUCCCUUGAACUUUUGGAUGCUCCAUGGUCCCCGCAGCAGGAAGCUUUCACACGACUUAAACCGGUUGAUGCUUGAUAUCUGCAUUGCAACACAGUAUGGUAUAGUGUUGGCUAGCAAGUUUUUCCGUUUCAUUUCGGUCUACUGUCUGAGUAGAAUCUUGCUAUGUUGUUUUUAUUUCACCUACAAAAGUGAUUCUGUUGCAAACGCUGAGUCCUCGGGUUCAAAUCCAUCAACGAUACAAUUUGUUCUGCAUCUUGAAGGAGAGGAGGAGAUGGUGGACUACAUGGCACGGAGCAACCGUGUGGCCACAGACCACUUGAUACAAAAAGGUCGUAAGAAACAACCUGUAAACUUGAUAGAGCUCUUGGAGGCAACAACUCUCUUCUCAAAAGGAUUUGAAGGGAUCCGAGAUUUUGACAGCGACGAGGUCGCUUCUCUGGCCUCUGGAGAGCCACCUAAUAGUUGGGCUCUUCCACUGGUAACACUGACGAGCAUCGCUGUCGCUCUCCCCAACAUCAAGCCUUACUCACUGAAGAAGUUAGUGAAAGCUGUAAACGAAGCAUUGGUCUAUGUCAACAAGUUCGAAGACGUCUUAGACAUCGGAGGAGAGUUAGCUAACAGCAGGAAAGCUGCAGAAGUAGUUUGGUUAGGAGUUGAUCUCUACCAUAAAUGGCUCAACGUGGAUCUUCGAAAACUAUCCAAGCAACAAAGCAAAACACCACAAGAAGUUUUUAAAGAGCUGGUAGAUAUAGCAAAGAAAGAGUUUACAGAGUCAUGGGAGAAAAACCGGAUACUAUGCAUGAAGCACAAGCCCUCUCAAUGGCCCAUCAAGACUCAAGCAGCAAACUCAAUGUACCGAAUCAGCCAAACUCUUUUGAUGAAGUACGAAUCAAGAAAUAUUGAAACAGAGGAGACUCUGUUGAAAGAUGUGGAGAGGAUGGUAUCGGAUAUAGUAUCAGGAUGCUUUUGCAACACGGCACAAGUUAUUGGAAUGAAGUGUUUGGUGACAGCAGUGGAAGUGAGGGAAGCGUCGGUGAGAGAAGCGGCAAUGCAUUUGGGGAGAACAGAGAAGAUACUUGAGAUCGUUGACAGAAGAUGCAUGCCUGCUUUGUCUCAUCACAAAGUGGCAAAGAUUGAUGAAUGGAGAGAGUUUUAUAGGACCAGUAAAUCCAUCUCUUUCACUCAUCCUUCGUCUCAGUGUACCACCCGUGAACUCAUUCUCAAUCUAGAAUAACACAUUUUGUCAAGUUUCAAGAAUUAAUUACGUUUUGUAUAUGAUAAAACCAAAUUAUUACU